AUGGCGUGUUCUAGUCCUCCACAAGAAUUAUAUGGCAGACUUGCAAUCGCUUUUUUUCCAGACAGCCAGGGCGACUCCUGCAAAGCCAAGGAUAUCAGCAGAGCCAUAACUCUCACCACCCCUAUUAUCCCGGAGGCAAACACCUGCUUCAACAUGAGCGACAUUUUUUCCAUGAACAGCAAUUCCGGUUUCCAAAAAUCCAAGCAACAAAGUGGCGGGGACCCGACACCUUGGGGUGUUAGUUGGGAUCUCAUCAACCAAGACCUUUACGACGAAAACGCAAAUUACACGCACACUUGGGUCAGGAUGGUAAACGAGCUCGUGCCGCAUGAAGGCAGGACAAGUCGGUGGUUCUAUGAGCAAUACACACUACCUGAUUGCCAGGAUGUGCGCCUUGGCGAUGAAAAGAGCGACGAUGUGCCGUUCUACUGGAUCAACUGCCAAACCGACAAGCACGGUGACUGCAAGACUGCGGCAUAUCCGAUUCGGAGUUUUGCCAUUUGGAGAACAGUAAAUUACGAUGAUCAUGAAGGCAAUGAUGAUUGCCGCAGGUGGACGGAGUUUGGAGCCGCAAGUACGGCGAGAAUAAAUGCCCGCUGGCUGAUGGCGGCGAUGGUAAUGGUUAUGCUAGUGGUGGUGUAA